AAAAUAUAAACAAUAGCGUUAAUGAGAAAUUAAAAUAUCUCUAUAUUCCUGGUACGGGGUUUUUGGACGGGAGCGGGAGCGGCGUAGAAGAUUUACCUACCACCACGGAAUUCACUGAUACUUCAGGAAUGCAUGUAUACAGGCACCGACUUAGAUUACAUCUAAUCUAAUUCCGUGAUACAGGGUACAGAUUUAGAAUGUUGAAGACAGGUAUGACACAGGGAUAGCAGACUUGAAUGCUUCCACUGUGUCAGAUGAUACGGCUGAAUGAGGGAGAUGAUUUCAUUGACUGAUGGUGCGAGGAUAGAAGGAAAAUGUAUACGUAUCUUUUGUGGUCUGUGUGGCUGGAUCUGGUUCUACUGUCAGCUGGUAUUAAAAGUGACAUAGAAAUAGAUGGUGGAACUAUUUGCAAUGCAACACAAAAUUUCGAGUCGGAUUUGGGAAGUGAUGAUCUUGAUACUGAUUGUGCACCACAUAUCGAACAUAGAUCUACACAUUUCCAUGCAGCACAUUUUCCAUCAAAAGUCCAAGGGCACGUUUCUGAGGUCUUUGACUCCGGUAUUGGGGAUAGUUUGAAAAGCCAGGAUUUAGGAAAGCAUUUCCAGGAUAUGCAAAUUUAUGAUUCUUACAAUGAGGAGCCCGAGACGAAGUGUCGUGAGGUAAACAAUGAGACCCGUGCUGAACCUGCGGAGUAUCGUCCCACCACUCAAGAGGAAAUUGUGUACGACCAGGACGAAGAAGGGGACACGCAACUUCAUUUGGCCAUUAUCCAGAAAAUACCAGUACUGUGUCUGUACUUCAUCAAUCUUGUCCCUCAAUUCUAUCUCCUGAAUAAGCAAAACAAUUUGAUGCAGACACCCCUCCACCUGGCAGUGAUGACAGGAAUGGCGGACAUUGUGAGACGUCUGAUUGUGGCAGGAGCUGAUAUAACGCUUCGUGAUCACAGGGGCGACACCCCUCUGCACAUAGCGUCAAGAAAUGGUGACAAAGAGAUCGUCAGAUUGCUCUUAGAUCCAGUGUCCUAUGAGGAAACGCUGCAAAAUUCAUACAAGAUCCCAUACCAAAAAAUUCCACAAAAUUUGGAGCUUAGAAAUUAUAAUGGCCAGACGUGUCUACAUGUAGCUGCAGAGGGUACAUUUUUAGAAGCGCUACAUUUGCUACUGUGCAAAGGAUCCAACAUCAAUACAAUGGACGGUAAAAGUGGGAGGACAGUAUUACAUUAUGCAGCAGAAACUAACAACAGACAUCUCUUGGAGUUUCUCCUCCAAAACUAUAAGGUCAAGGUUAAUGCAAGGACGUAUGGAGGUCAGACACCUCUGAUGCUUGCCCAAGGUCGAACACACAAUGCUGUUGUCCAGAGGCUGAUGCAGGCUGGAGCAGUGUUUGAACAUCCACAGGAAGAUUCCGACAGUGAUGAUGAUAUGGAUGAGUCUUCUACGUAGCUAUGAUAUUAUGUCCAGCCCUGGACAUAACAUGUAAUCCUUCUCAAGGUCAUUGCACAGUUCAAGGACAAAGAGAGGUCGGGCUACCUGCAGCAUGACAACCCACCUCUGUAACCCAGCAGAGCUAGGUAGCCUCCAGCACAGCCAAGCUGAAAGACGGCCGGAGGGAUUCAGCGUCCAGGAAAAUAUUGCCAGUCAUGACAAUUUGUCUGUAGUUCUGAUUGUUUUAUAUUUGUUCUACAUUGCAAAAUGUUCUGUGGCAACUGUAUUUUAGACCAUGCCACCAUAGUUUAAAACAAGAAUAACUACAUGAUUAGUCAAAUCACUGCAAUAAAGUAUCAUUAAUCAGACCAAAAGGAACAUGAUUCAUCUUCGACUGAAAAGUGACAACAUUUAAUCUUUAUGGUAAUCAGAGCACUGAUCAUGAGAGAAGAUCACAAAUUACUUCAUAACAGACAACCAACUAUAAAUUUAUUGUGUCUGUGCACUUGGAUACACAAAGAACUGAUUCAUCAGGACAUGGAUACACAAAGUACAGUUUUUCACUAGGACACAAAGAACAGUGAUUUACUAGGACAUGGAUACACAAAGUACAGUGUUUUAUUAGGACAUGGAUACACAAAGAACAGUGAUUUAUUAGGACAUGGAUACACAAAGUACAGUGAUUCAUUUGGACAUGGAUACACAAAGUACAGUGAUUUAUUAGGACAUGGAUACACAAAGUACAGUUUUUCACUAGGACAUGGAUACACAAAGAACAGUGAUUUACUAGGACAUGGAUACACAAAGUACUGUGAUUUAUUAGGACAUGGAUACACAAAGAACAGUGAUUUACUAGGACAUGGAUACACAAAGAACUGUGAUUUAUUAGGACAUGGAUACACAAAGUACAGUUUUUCACUAGGACAUGGAUACACAAAGUACAGUGAUUUACUAGGACAUGUAU